AUGUCCAGACUCAUCGUUGUUGUUGGUGCCACAGGCGGCCAGGGUGGCUCCGUCGUCAACGCCAUGCUUGCCGAUCCGAAUUACUGCAUUCGAGGUAUUACACGCAACUUAGAGAGUGAAAAGGCCAUGGAAUUGACCGCAAAGGGCGUUGAAAUGGUCAAGGCCGACGUUGGAGAUGAAGCAAGCCUGGAUGCCGCCUUCCACGGGGCAAAUGCCAUCUUUGCCAUCACCGACUACUAUGAGACAUUUUUCAAGCACGGCAAAGACGCUGCCAUGGAAGCUGAAUUCCAAGCCGGCUGUAACCUUGCAAGGGCUGCUGCCAGAGUUACGACACUCCAGCGGUACCUAUGGAGUACCCUUCCUUUCACGAGCCGUCUUACCGGGGGAGAAGUCAUCGUUCCCCACUUUGAGGGCAAGGCUCGUGUUGAUGAGUACAUCCGAAAGAGUCUUCCAAGCCUCUCGGAGAAAGCCACUUUCUGUAUAUUCGGUAUAUUCGCAGAUAACCUGCUGAUGUACCCGAUUUUCAAGCCUGUGUGGCUCGAGUCAGCUGGUAAAUGGGUGCAAAUCUGGCCAACUCUUCCAGACGCUCCGUUCCACUCUCUAGCGGAUCACAAAAUCAACACGGGAAUCUUCGUCCGCGCCAUCGUGACCGCCGAUCACCUCCGGGGUGGAUCUUAUGUGACGUGCUUUGUCGAGAGCCUGACACUUGAAUCGGCCCUCGGAAUCUGGGGAAAGGCAACUGGCAAGGCCCCUACUCAUGGUUCUACUGCUAUUCUGUCUAUCUCGUAUGACCAGUAUGUCAACGUUUGGGGAGAGAUGGGAGAAGAGCAGGCUUGUCAGUGGAAGUUCUUUGAGUUUAUGAACUCUGCUGGGGUCACAGCGCUUCCUGAUACCGUUUCCGGACUGAGUAUUCUUUCUGAGGAUGAAAGAAAGGCACUGGAGAAUACGGAACAGUCCUGGUUUCGCUUGAGAGACCAGUUGUAG